UCUUCUUGGACAGCAGCUGCAUCCUUGUCUUGUCCCUGAGAAACAAACAAGAUAUUCACUUGAAAAAAAAGCCACUGCUUAAGACUGUUCUUGCAACAAGAUAGAAUCAUUGGCCAGGAUAUACCGGCAUUUCUCACGUCACUCCAGAUGGUGGCAGUGUUACGCCGAGCAAACGCCAACGCGAAGAGGUAAAACUGAAGGACGCGACGUCCUGCCUCUGCGACGCGCGGAGUUCAAAUUCACAGGCGGGACAACCGGCUGGCUGGACUGCGUGAAACUUCACCAACAUGGAAUAUGACGAUAGCCUCUUAAUGCAACGGAUCGACGAUGGAAAACUGGCCGCGGAGGCGGUACACGGGCAGCAGAUGACUUUCCAUUGCGCGCAAUGCAACACUGUCCUGGCGGACUCCCUCGGCGUCUGUGGGGAGAUCGAACGUAUGGACUCCAUCGUGUGUCUGAGAGUAACCAGUGAUGUGGUCAUCAGUGAUGCGAUGGAGUCAGGACAUAAAGGCGAAAUGGGUAAUUGCAUCUACAGUUCUCUAAAAUGUCGUGGCUGCCGCUGCGCCGUGGGCAAAGUUAUUCACUCAGCUCCGUCAUGUUUGGCCACGAUUCGCUCCCUCUUUCUCCUCUACAAAGCAAACAUCAGUUGUUACAUCCUCAACAGCAGCUCAAUGGUGAAGGCAUCCAAACUCACAUUUGAUCUGAAGCCCCUCAGAGAAAACAUGAAUGAGAUGAGACAGCACUUUGAAGAGCAGUUGGAUCUGAUGUCACGCAUUAAGAGCAGACUGGCCGACAGGAGUGUUACCUGUGUAUUGGAUAAGUAGUAUGCAAGAGCACGCUAGACUGUACCUUGUCCUGGGAUUAGGGACCAUGUGCUCUUUAAUCUGCUACCUCCUGUAGGUUAGUUUGUGUUGUAUGUUAUUUCUUUUUCUGUGUUUUUGUGUCUUAAUGUUUUCAUUAAAUGUUUUUUUUUGGUGAUGCAGGCAU